AUGGUAAAUCAAGUAAUAGAAACAACAGGAGACAGAAUGUUGACUAGUGGGAGUCGCAGAGAAGGAUUCAGACUACAGAGUUCAGAUAUGGACGGCAUGUUUUGGCGAAGUGACCACACGGUAAUAUGGAACUUAGAUCAGGUUCAGAAUUAUUACUUAAGUAGAAAAACACUGAUUCUCUGUGAUUGUACAGAGAGCCCUCCAGGGUAUGGGUUACUUGAAUUAAUGACACCAACAAACAUGGAAAGUGUACAGAAUGCAUGUAUGAGAGUAAAUGACAGGCUCUAUAUAUCCAGUUCUAAAUACAGACAAAUUAAAUGUUCGGCAUUUUUACCUAAUUCUAAGGAACAUGGUCCGUGUGGUAGUGGUGUUAUAAUGGAAGGAGGAGAGUAUGAUACUGCCCAAUGUUUUGUCUGUGAUUUUUGGCCCCCUUCUGCCUCCAAAUGGAUAGACAGAUGUCAUUCAUGGCCCCCAUCUUAUAUUGUUGAUGACAUAGUCAGAAAUGGAUGCCACUUUGUAGCAAUAGGACACAAGCUAGGAAAACAUGCAGACAAAGAAUGGAGACUUUCUUUCUCUUUGGCAGAACAAAAACUUGUAUAUUCAAUGAAUCAUUGUCAAUUUUUAACCUAUGGGCUGCUUAAGCUGUUCUUAAAAGAGUCUAUUAAUCAUGGAUUAAGGGACGAGGAUAAAUUUCUGUGUUCGUAUCACAUGAAGACAGCAGUUCUCUGGAUGAUUCAACAAAACACAUUGCAUCAUUGGUUUCCACAAAAUUUACUGGAGUGUUUCUGGGUCUGUUUUAAACUUAUCCUUAAAUGGGUGUAUGAGGGAGUAUGCCCAAACUUUUUUAUUCCAGAAAACAACAUGUUUCUGAGUAAUAUCCAUGGUGAAGCACAAAAGAAUUUAUUCAUCAAGCUUCAUGAAUUGUAUGCGAGGGGUAUAGCAUUGGUGUUUUAUUGUCCGUCUAUCAGGUUUGGUGUUACAACUGUCCUUAAAAAGUCCAUUAGUAGAAUUGAGCAAAUUAUGAACACCAUGUCUUGGUUUGAAGAUGAUCUGUUUCAUGAGCUGAGUAGGAAUAGUAUAGCAGCAUCAGAGCUAUAUCAUUGUACGAGGUUCUUUAGUGCUGUAGAAAAGUUAAUAAUUUUACCCCUGACCCAGUACCAGGUUCUCCUGUUACGGAUAUUUACAGCCACUGUACUCCAGAGCACUGCUUUUAUCUUAUACAAGUUUUCAACCGGUUUUGCACCAUUCAAGAUAAAAUCAAGUUCAGUUUUAAACAAGCAGGUCUAUUUGGCUAACAAAGAAUUCAGUUAUAUGCUGAAAUUAGCAUCCAAGUUUGGGUGUAUUUCUGAUAUGUUAUAUCUUGCAAUGUUUUACUACAAGACACUUAGAUAUAAGAAAGCUAUAUCAGUUAUAGAGAUGACAAAUGUCAAAUAUGUAGACCCAGUGCGAGCACAAACAGCUCUUAAUGACCUACAGGACCUGGUCCACCAUGAUCAGAGGAGAAUGCAUUCGUUAUUAUCUACGAAACAUAUCCUGGCAGAUUCUAGAUCUCAACAGGUAACAGGGAAACCAUCAGCUGCUCUGUACUCCUACCAACAAGCUCUCAAACAUAUCAGUACAUAG